GUUGAAACAAGAGAAGAUGAGGAACAAAACGUCAAGUUGACUGAAAUUUUGGAACUGUUAGUGGCUGCUGGGUAUUUUCGAGCAAGAAUCAAGGGGUUAUCGCCCUUUGACAAGGUGGUAGGCGGCAUGACGUGGUGUAUCACUACUUGCAACUUUGAUAUCGAUGUUGAUUUAUUAUUUCAGGAAAACUCUACUAUUGGUCAAAAAAUUGCCUUAACUGAAAAAAUUGUGUCAGUAUUACCAAAAAUGAAGUGUCCUCAUCGUUUGGAACCACAUCAGAUCCAGGGACUGGAUUUCAUUCAUAUAUUUCCUGUUGUACAGUGGCUGGUGAAACGUGCAAUAGAAACCAGGGAAGAAAUGGGAGACUAUAUCCGUUCUUACUCUAUAUCACAGUUUCAAAAAUCUCAUAGACUACCAGAGGAUGAUGAAUUUAUGCAAAGAAAAGAGAAGGCUAUCAAAGCUGUUACUGAUAUCUUUGAGGUUUACAAACCCCAGAGAAAAUAUAAACGUCAGAAGGGAGCUGAAGAACUACUAGAUGAGGAAUCAAAGGUUCAUGCUACGCUUCUGGAAUACGGCAGGAGGUACGGAUUUAGCAGACAAGCAGGAAAAACAGAACAGGCUGAAGAUAAAAAAAUUGCACUACCACCAGGGCUUGCAGCAGCAGGAAAAGCUGAGCCUUGUGAUGAAGAUGACCUUCAGGCUGCUGAAGAGCUUCGCAUUAAAACUCUGAUGACUGGAAUGGCUGCAAUGGCAACAGAAGAGGGCAAAUUGACAGCAAGCACGGUUGGCCAGAUUGUUGGACUCCAGUCAGAUGAGAUCAAGCAAAUAGUGUCAGAAUACGCUGAAAAGCAAUCUGAGCUUUCUGCUGAGGAACGACCAGAAAGGCUUGGAGCUGCCCAACAACAUAGAAGGAAGGUGGCAUCUCUGAAUAAGCAGAUUUUGCAGAAAACCAAACUCCUGGAAGAGUUGCAAGCUAAAUGUACUGAUCUGCAGGCAAAAUGUACCGAAGCAAAAAAGACAUUAACCGAGGUUAAGAGUUAUAGUGAAAAGCUGGACAAAGAAUUGGCAGCGUUAGAAACAAUAGAAUCCCAAGCAGAUUCUAGCAUAUUACAGAGUCUGCGAGCGCUAGUGGCCAUGAAUGAAAACCUAAAAAGCCAGGAGCAAGAGUUCAAAGCACAUUGUAGGGAAGAAAUGGAGAGACUUCAACAAAAUAUUGAGAAUUUGAAAGCUGAGGCUGUGGAAAAUGGGGAGGAACAGGAGCCGAAUAGGAUUAUAGAACAGCAGUACAAAACUGAGAAAGAUAAACUUCAAAAGAUACGGCUGUUAUUGGCACGAAGAAACAGAGAAAUAGCCAUUUUACAACGCAAGAUUGAUGAAGUACCCAGCCGAGCUGAGCUAACACAGUAUCAGAAGAGAUUUAUUGAACUUUACAGUCAGGUCUCAGCAACUCACAAAGAAACGAAGCAGUUCUUUACUCUUUAUAAUACACUGGAUGAUAAGAAAGUAUAUUUGGAAAAGGAG